UAACCAUGGUAUAUGAAAUGACCAUGGUAUAUGAAAUAACCAUGGGCAAUCGAUAAUUUAUUAUUAUUAUUAUUUACUGUACAGAGAAUAUCAUAGUUUACUCGUUGAUGACAAUACUUUAAGUGUAGACGUAAUUGAUGGACAAAAUGUAUGGACAAAGAGAUUGAUUGCGAGUGAAAGCAUUGAAAGCAUUGUUUGCAUUGAAUAUCCGUUUCCAUAGAAAAUGUCAGUCAAUUGAAAGCAAUUGAAAUGAAGGGCUCUAUUGAAUGACUCAUCGCAUCAAUGGAUGAAUUGAUUGUUUGUUACCGUAAAUGACAAUUAAGUGACAAUUAAAUGACAAUUAAUUUAUUUGUAAUUAACUGUAUAUUGUAUAUACAUAUCAUAUAAAACACUACUAAUGGCCACAAAUAUGUUGUCAUUUUGAAUGAAAAAAGAGUAAAUUAAAAGCCGAAGAGAUGACCGAAAGUCAAGAAGAAAUGUCUGACAAUUACUUAACGAGUCAUUUGACGACAGAAUUGAGACGUCUUCGGGAAUCAUAUUUAGAUCACAUCUUAGAGUUAUAUCUGUUGGAGACAAACGGCAAUCUCAUCGACUUUUAUGGUUAUCGCAAGAGAGUCACCAACAAUGAGUUGAUUCAAUAUCUGAGAACCACUUCUCUGCAAAACAAAGUGUUUGCCGACGAAGAGAUCUCGGAAUUGAUUGCUCUCAAGUCGUCACAGGACUCGACAUCAUUAAAACAGUCAGACUUUGUCACUACUGAUACAGUAUUGUCUACGACGACACCUAUCACUACCACUGCAGUCACUGUAGUCAAUGCUUCCUAUAAUAGUACAACAGUUCCCGCAGUAUCGUCACAGUCAUCACCAUUGACUAAACUACCGCAUAGUAUCUCUACAUCGGUGGCGACGACACCAAAAACAAGUCAAACACCUACUGAGUUAACUCCAUUAGUAGUGACGAGUACAACACCGCUGUCCACCAAUAAAAGUGUUUCUCCGGUUGGCUCUCGACUCCAAACACGACAGCACUCUAUCUCAUCAUUUUAUGAUUCAUCCCUCGGAACACAGGACCAGAUCGUUGAACGGGCCAAACAUGAAGCGGCUGUUGUCCAGAGGGUUGCAGAGCUUCGGAAACAGGGUUUAUGGUCGAGUAGGAGGUUACCUAAAGUACAGGAACCGAUGCGCAAGAAAACGCAUUGGGAUUAUCUGUUAGAAGAAAUGCAAUGGUUAGCGACUGAUUUUUCUCAAGAAAGGAAAUGGAAGAAAGCGGCGGCCAAGAAGUGCGCCAAAAUGGUUGUCAAAUAUCAUGCGGACAAACAAUGUUUUGCUGAAAGAGCAGAACGUGAAGAAUUGAUGAAAGUGAAGAAAAUUGCUUCAAAUAUUGCAAAACUUGUCAAAAGUUUUUGGUCUGACGUCGAAAAAGUAUUUGAAGCCAAACAAGAAGUCCGUCUCAACGAGAAACGCAAGAAAUUACAUGACAUGCAUCUGAACUUUAUUGUCGAUAAAGCGGAUCAAUACACUGAACGAUUGACGCAAGAAUUAGGAAAAUCAAUGUCUAUUAGUAGCACUGAAAGAGAUGAAGAAAUGGUUGAUAAUGAGUUUCAUCCAGACAUUAGUGAAUCUGAUGACGAAGAAACCAUUGCUAAAGAAGAAGAAGAGGUUGGAAUUGGAGAUAGUGUUUCAGAAAUCGAAUUAUUGAAGAAAGAAAGUGAAAUACCACUCGAAGAUCUUUUACCAAAAGGUAUAGCUAUAGUUGGUUCAAUAGAUGGCAAUAUUGAUUCAACUGAACACGAAGACAAAGAGUUUGAAGCUCUGGACGAAGAAGUGGAAGAUGAAGAAGAUACCAUCGAAGAAGAAGAACAAAAAGAAGGAAAAGUAGAUUAUUCUGCAGAACUUAAAGAACUUGACGAUGAUAUGAAUGUUCCCAUUCAAGAACUAAUAUCUAAAUAUAGUUCUAUUGAUGCAAAACAAGAAUUGGACAGCGAUGACGAUGAAGAUGACAUGGAAUGUGAAGAUGAAACAGAAGAAGAUGAUAAUACAGAAGCAGAUGAAGAAUAUUGUAAUGAGAAUACAACAGAUGAUGAAGAGGCCGGAGAAAUAGGAAUGGAAUUCUUGAUCAAUCCGGACGCUAAUCAUAGUCUAUCUAAACCAUUGAUAGAGGAAAUAAUAGACGAUAAAAGUGCCAAAACCUCUGGUGCUCCAAAUCGUGAGAUUACUGAUAUCGCGGCCGGCGCUCAAAGUCUUCAACCCAAAGGAAAUACAUUUCAAACGACAAAAGUUUGUACAAAAGUCCCAUUUUUGCUCAAACAUGAACUUCGAGAGUAUCAACACAUUGGUCUCGAUUGGUUGAGUGCAAUGUAUGACAAAAAAUUAAACGGUAUUUUGGCCGAUGAAAUGGGUUUAGGAAAAACCAUACAAACAAUAGCAUUAUUGGCACACUUGGCGUGUGAUAAGAGUAAUUGGGGACCACAUCUCAUUGUUGUACCCACCAGUGUUAUGUUGAACUGGGAAAUGGAGUUUAAGAAGUGGUGUCCGGCUUUCAAGAUAUUAACAUAUUAUGGAAGUCCUAAAGAGAGAAAACAUAAGCGUCGGGGUUGGACAAAACCAAAUCAAUUUCAUGUAUGUAUUACAUCAUACAAACUGGUUAUUCAAGAUCACGCAUCAUUCAGAAGAAAAAAGUGGAAGUAUUUGAUUUUAGAUGAGGCCCAACACAUCAAGAACUUUAAGUCUCAGAGAUGGCAAAUGCUUCUCAAUUUCAAUACCUCUCGAAGAUUGUUAUUAACUGGAACUCCAUUGCAGAACAAUCUAAUGGAAUUGUGGUCUUUAAUGCAUUUUCUUAUGCCUAAUGUAUUCCAAUCGCACAAAGAAUUCAAAGAUUGGUUCGUGAAUCCGGUCACUGGAAUGGUUGAGGGAAACAAUGAAUACAAUGAAGGACUCAUUCGUCGUCUUCAUAAAGUUCUCAGACCUUUCCUAUUAAGACGUUUGAAAUGUGAUGUCGAGAAACAAUUGCCAAAGAAAUACGAACACAUUGUUAUGUGUCAUCUCUCUAAAAGACAACGAUUUCUUUACGAAGAGUUUAUGUCUUUAAGAAAGACAAAAGAAACACUUAUGUCCGGAAAUUUUUUGAGUGUUAUUAAUAUAUUAAUGCAAUUGAGAAAAGUAUGUAAUCAUCCGAAUCUAUUUGAUCCGCGACCAACAGUAUCUCCGUUUAUGUCUGAACCCAUUGUUUACAAAACUUCAUCAUUAGUAACAACAGCAUUAGAUUACGACCCAUUUAGACACAUCAAUCUUAGUUGUCUUAAUUUAAUUUUAUCUGAACUAUCAUUUACAUUGAGUGCAUUUGCACACCAUAGGAUUGUGCGUUUUAUGACUAGUCCUGAAUUUAUACAAGAAAUUGAUUCGGCACCUGAACCACCUCCUCGUUGUCCUCGCGGAAAAAUUAGGCUUCAAAUUAGAACAUCAACAAUGCAUUCCUCAAAUACCAUACAAAAGACUCCAUCAAACGUUUCAUCACUCAAUCAAUCUUCUAAUAAAAAUAAUGAUCAAAAAUAUUUAAUGACUGGCAUUCAUACACAAAACAGUCCUGUUUUAAAGUCACCCACAGCUACUACCUCUUCAUCAGAUGGACGAGUGGCCAUCCCAGUGGGGCGUUUGGUUCAGACACCUACCGGUCCUCAUAUACUUUUACGAACGUCUUCUGGAACAUCACUUUCAUCGACUAUUCCUCAAUCAAUUGUAAAGCAAAGUCCUAUGCGACAAAUUAUUGUAAAAGCAAUGUCACCCAAUGUCGGUUCAAAUAGUAGUCAAGAAUCAAAUACUAAUUUAUCAAAAUUGAAUUCAACGCCAUUUCGUAAGUCAUCGUUAGUCUCAAAACAGUUGACCGAACGUAAAGAAAAGUUAACAUUUUUGUCGCGUAUUAAUCAACGCAAAUGUUUGGCCACAGCUCUAUAUGCAUCAGAUUUAAUAGAAGUUUCGACUGUUAGUUAUAAUCCAAAAUUAGUGACAAAAUAUGUCCCAAUUGGUAGUUCAGUGUUUAAUAUUGGCAAUGGAUAUCUCAAUUUAAAAUUAGCACCAUUUGCUGAUCACUACCGAAAUAAUUUGUGGCAUUUUACUGAUUGUUUAAUUGAUUUAAUCAAAACACCCGAAGCACUUGUAGAAGAUCUGAAGGAAGUAUUAACGCGUUUUAUGUGUAUAGUUCCCCGUGUAAUGACUUCUCCCAUUCAAUUACACGCUUCUCAUUUACCAUCGUUUAAAAAGAUCCAAAUGGAUAACUUAGGGGCGAAACUGAGUUAUGAAUUGUCAAACAAAUUGGAUGUUUUGCAUACACCCUAUUCAUUGAUGAGAAUCCAAUUUCCAGAACUAAGACUUAUUCAAUAUGAUUGCGGAAAACUACAAACAUUGAACAAAUUGUUAUGGGAUUUAAAAACCGGUGGACACAGAGUACUGAUAUUUACACAAAUGUCGCGAAUGCUCGACAUAUUUGAACAAUUUCUCAAUCACUGCGGACACACAUAUUUACGUUUGGAUGGCACCACCAAAGUUGAACAAAGACAGGCUCUUAUGGAGCGCUUUAAUGCAGACAAACGAAUAUUUUGUUUUAUACUCUCAACUCGUUCCGGAGGAAUCGGUAUUAAUCUUACGGGUGCUGAUACUGUGAUAUUCUAUGAUAGCGAUUGGAACCCAACAAUGGAUGCACAGGCACAGGAUCGGUGCCAUCGUAUUGGUCAGACUAGAGAUGUCCAUAUCUAUAGACUUAUUAGUGAAAAAACUAUCGAAGAAAAUAUUGUUAAGAAAGCCCAACAAAAAAAGUUAUUGGGAAGUGUGGCCAUCGAAGGCGGCAACUUUACCACAGCUUUUUUCAAACAAAAUGCAAUACACGAACUGUUUGGUAUCGAUUUGCCAUCAAUUGAAGAACGUGUAGACAAUCGAACAAAUACUAAUAAUGAAGAUACAUCUUCUGCUAUGCUUGACUUUCAACUCGAACAAGCUUUAGGAACAGCUGAAGAAGCUAACGAUGUGGCGGCCGCUAAAACUGCUGGCGCAGAGGCUGAGGCCGAGUUUGCAGAGUUUGAUGAAAAUAUUCCAAUUGAUUCUGAAUUUAAAGAGGAAGAAAAAAGCCCUGAAGAAGAACGAAUUGAUGAAAUCAUUGGACAGCUAACACCUGUUGAGAAGUAUGCCAUGAAGUUGUUAGAAGUAUUACAAGAAUCGGUUUCAUUCGAGCAAAUAAAACAGGCAGAGGAGGAAAUAGAAACGCAUAAAAAGGAAUGGGAGUUAAGAAGAAUUGAAACCGUAAAGGAAGAACAGAUUAAAAAACAAGAAGCCAUGGAAGAGGAUAAGGAACCGCUGUUGACGUGUUAUCGGGAGGACGCUUACAAUCAGGUGUUUAUAUCAUAUAAUGGUUUUGAACAAAUGCCGAUAUGGGCGCCACCGACUCCACCACAGGAUGAAAAUGAUCUCUAUAUUGACUAUUCAUUGGGUUUUCUUUAUGAAACAACGCCAAUGACUGAACAACAAUUGCCACCAAUUUUUGUACCAAAGGAACCAAAUAAGAGACUAAAAUUAGACUCAAAUAUCGCUCGUAAACAAAAAAGUGGUCGAAAAGAGGAGGGCUUUAAUAUCCCGCGUUCUCUGUUUGAUCGGCCGUCGACUUCAAUCAUUAAACUUCGUCGGGAACUUAUUUUACAAAAACUUAAGGGAAUAUUAGUUUGCGGUCCGGAAAAUGCUGCCAUUCAUAGGACAUUAAAUGCAUUGAAUGCCAGUUGUUUGUUACCACAAACAGCUAAUACGCCCGCCGGUACUCAAAAAGCAGCUCAAUUAUAUGGUGGACCUCUUCAAGACUCAAUACCCAAAUGGGCAAUACAUGAGGACUGGACUAUACUUCAAGUGAUUCAACAUUUUCAAGAUCUGCCGUUAAACUUAUUGAUAGUAUCUCCUGGACACGUACCCAAUUGGGAUCUAGUCUCAGAUGUUAUUAAUAUGAGUAGUUGUAACUAUAGGUCACCUAAACUAUGCCGUUAUCACUAUGACGUUGCCAUUGUUCCGCGCGAAGAAGGCAAAGCAAAUAAUGAUUUGACACCUAAACCGAAACAAAAGAAAAUGAAAGGAUUACCUACUCCUGUCGUCCCAUCCGGUUCUGUUAACUCGGCUAUUAGCACAACUAUACCACCACUCGCUGCUUCAACUACCAAAUCAGGUGCUAUCACUCCUAACCGUAUAAUAAAGACAAGUCAAUUGAUAAGUGAAGACAAUAAUAUGUCAUUCACUCAGUUAUGUAGUCACAGAUUUGAAACUAUAAAACAAAUUGCAAACAAAAGGACUCCAACUCUGAAACAUAUGUUUGUGAAUCCGACGGCAAAAAAUCCGAAACAUAUUGCUUUACUUUCAGAAAGUGGUAUCAAUUUUGAUCAACCAUUGACACCAAUUCAAGUGGCGAGCAAUCGGGCCGAACGUAUAUCAAGAGAAAAACAGAAAGCAGUGGCAGAACAACAAAUGGCUGCGAGACAACUGCAACAACAGUUGCAUCAGAAACAACAACAACAGUCUAACAUAAAGGCUAUACUUACACCAAAUAACAUUCAAUCAGCUCAACAACAGUUCAGUCAAACUAUUAGCGCUAAGAUGAGUGCAAUUAAUCAAACGACUAUUAGUAAGGGAACGGCCGGUCCAGCGAUGACAGCAAACGUAAGCACCGGAACAAUCACUCAAUUGAGUCUUAGUAAAGCAAUAUCACAGGUAAACGUGUCGUCACAGCAAUUGUCGCAACCAAUACUCAGUCAAAUCAAUGUGAGCUCACAAAACAUUGUUCCGACAACUGUGGGCACCAGUGGUGAUGGUAUCACUCAAGGAAUGCAACCGACCUGUUCAGUGGUGUCUGUGGCCUCACUGCCGCCUCAAGUACAGCAAAAAUUAAUUGCUGCUGUCUCGCCAGCAACAGUUGGCCAAAUGACCGGACAAAAUAUGGCCACUCGAUUGACUACAGCAAACCCUCAGAUUUAUAAACAAAUUAUUCUUCGCAAUCAACAACAGCAACAAAUUCCGAGACAACAGACGCCACACAUUCAGAUGCAGACAAUUCCUCAAACAUCCAAACAAAUCACUAACAUUGGUGUCACUCAACAACCUUCACGUUUUCAGAUCACAGCUACUGUUCCGCAACAAAGCACUCAACCUACUCAGUCUAUUAUAGCUACUCCUACUGUCAAGACUUCUCAGUCUAACGUUAUAACCACUCUUCCUGUAGCUGUUCCGGUAACUGGAACUCAACAAAGAAUAACAACAACGACAGGAACAGGUAAACCAGUUCAACAAAUAAUCACCCGAACUAUUACUGAUCCAAUACAAAUGGCACAACUAUUUAAACGACAAGUUGUGGGCCAACAAAGCUCAGGUAAUUUAAACCAAACUCAGAUUCUUGUACAGCAAUCAGCCUCACAUCAAACUCAAUCAUCACAAUCUCAAACACAAAUACUUCAAAAUCCCGUGACAUUUGUCAAAACUCUGUCUUCACCGGCGACUUUAGCCACUCAGUCACUUACGAUUCCUAUUACAAUGACUGGAAUGAACAUAUUUACCACACCGGGUACUAAAGUAAUGUCGCCAACGGCUUCAAGUGUUACCACAAGUGCCAUAACAUCAAUUCCAACGACUCAAUUGAGACAAAUUCAGUUAUUACAACAAAAAAGAUCACAACAGAAUCCACAAGUCAUACAACAGCAACAAAUACAGAGUCAACUGAACCAACAAAUAGGUCAACAAACUCAACAAAAACUGAUGACCGCUACAAUCAGUGGCCAAACAAAGGGUACGACAUCUAUACAAAGCAGUGGAGCACCGGUAGCACAGUUCCAAAUUGUUCACCAAUCGAGUGCCGGAUCGCAAACAAAUGCAAACACCAAACAGUUACCGCCGGGAGUGACUGUUCAACAAUUGCAACAGGCAUUGCAUAAAGGGUUGGUUUUACCACCACAUAUGUCAACAAUUCAUGUAUCACAAAGCGGUACCAGUACUACAACCGGCGCCACUUUGAUUCCACAAUCGAUUCUACAGGCCGUCAGUCAAUCGAAAUUAUCCGACAGUUCUCAGCAAAACACAUCUACAUCUGUAUCACAAAUCACACCAAAUCAACAAACAGUUAAACACAUUCAAGUUGUGUCCAGUGCUUCAUCACAAACACAGUCUUCGGGAAGUGUUACACCAAAAAGUAUUAUUAUCUCAGGACAGCCCACUAUAUUACAAACCACAUCAUUACAAUCGCAGCCACAAACAGUUACUUUUGCUAUAAGAGCGGCACAAAGCACCGGAACUUCACAACCAACAAUUUCAUCACAAACUGUAACAAGCGUUCAAACUUCAGACACAAACGCUGUCACCACAAGUAAUAGCAAUUGGAUGAACACAAUAACUAAAGAAACAGAAAUUAAAGAGGAAUUUGAUGUCAAUAAUCCACAAUCUUCUUCACGACAAUCUCCUUACGGAACUCGACAAAGAAAUACAAAAAGUUAAAUCAUUUGACAAUAAGUUUAUUUGACAAAAGAUAGAGACUAUUGACUUAUUGAUCAAUCAGUUGAUUAAACAAUUGAAAAAAUGUUUUCUUCGCUUUAUUUUCACUAAUAUAUGACUUGAUAUUCAGUAAAAUAUUU